AACGAGCAAUGGCGGCCGAGACCGUGGUGGACCGGCGCCUCGAGCACCAGCGCCUGCGAAACCGCAUGAAGCAGCGCCGCCACAAGGCGCGGUACGUCUCGGAACGGCAGAUCCUCGAGCAGCAGAUCGAGGAGCUGAGCCUCGUGCUCGCCAAGCGGUCGGGGUCGCCCCAGCCCGAGGUCGACGAGUCGGCCUUGUCCUGGCAAGACGUCGCGACGGCCCUUAGCGACGCCCGUCUCGAGGCCGUGGAGACACUCGAGAAGCUCCAGAAACAGCACGCCAAGCUGCAAAAGACGUUUGCCGGCGCGGUCUCGAUGGCCACGACGCUCAGCCGCCGCGACAACCUCACGAUGCCUGCACGCCACUUCGCCUUCCUCGAGGCCACGCUGGCCGCCGACCCCGCGGCACGGCGCCUCGGCAUGGACUGGUUCUCGCAGCACUUGUACCACAACACGGACCUCAUGAUGCAGUACGCGUCGUUCUCGCCCGUGGGGAGCGAAGCCAAUAGCCUCACGCGGGACUGCGGUCCAGACCAGCUCGACCUCCUCUCGCGCAUCCAGAUCGACUACAACGUGCCGCUCGAGGCGGCGAACGCGGCGCUCAAUGGCCGCCUCUGGUCCAUCUUCCGCGGCGAAGUGCUGCCGUUCUACUCGGAGUUUCUCGACCAGGACCUCACAGCGUCGAUCGACGACAAGUUGCUGUAUCGGCGCAUGGUCAUUUCGGCGGGCGAAGCCAACUUCAACGUCUCGCGCGAGUUCUCGACACCCGAUCGCAUCGUCUUUGUCAUGGGCAGCUUUGCGCACGACGAGCGCCAAGCGCGCAACGAGACGUGGAUCCCGACCAUGAUCUGGGCGGUGCUCGAGCGACGCGGGCCCACGACGUCGCGGCUGCGCAUGGUCAUGUACAACGGGCCGUUGUCGGUCAGCGGGCGCUUUACGACAUGGCAAGAGGAGUUUGCAGAGCUCCACGCGCCACCAGAAGAGCGCUCGAUCGAGAGCUUUGGGGAGAGUCUCCAAGCUCAAACCCGCGCCAACGUACUGGAAAAAUUUAGUACGCUCUCGUUAAACUAGCAUCGUCGUCGUUCGUGAGAAAUAGUAGAGUUUAUAUGUGCGAA